AUGGUUUACGCCUUCACACUGCCAACUACAUCUCCCCUCUCCUUCCAGUCGUUUCUAUCGUCAUUAACACAUCCUUCCCUUCCACAAUCCGCCUCAACAGCCCGCCAUUCCCUCCGCCUCGCUUUGAAAGCACAUAAGCGCCUCCCCCGCGGCUCGCGCCAGGAGGCAAAUCUACCCACCGUCCUCUCUGCAUUGAAUGAAUACAUCCCCUAUCUAUUUGCGAUAUCCCAUGGCCUAAGCGGCCGAGCUGUAAAAAGUGAUUUCGCCGUUCGCGAUGGGAGCAAUGCAAGCCUCCACCCCGGCGAGGAAAUCGACAUUACCCUUCACACAGAGAUCGAGUCAUCCUGGAAACCUACAAUAUCAAUGGGAAGUCUAUUUAGUAAAAGCCCAUCGACUAGUAAUUCAGGAACGAAAACCUCCCGGUCGCGUGGUGGCCGAGUCUCAGGUCGCGGCAUUGAUUUCGAAAUCGCUUUCACACUUACAACGCUCGGAUAUGUCCUGAGUCGGCUUGCGCGAAUUGGCGCUAUGGAGUCGCUCUAUGCUUACACGAUGCCGACGGCAGAACAGCGUGUCGCAUCCCUGCAGGCGGCGACACGACACUUGCUACAGGCUAGCUCGGUGCAUAGUCUGCUUGCUUCGUCGCCUAGCUUGACGGCCGCCACUGGCUCCAGAGUACCGGAUAUCAAUGCCACUACCCAGUCUGCAUUGUCGUCACUUGCACUAGCCGAGGCUACGCUAAUUGCCGUUCUUAAAGAUGAUUCUUACGUCACAGCAUGUAUCCAGGCACGUAACCCGAAUGAUAAGGAAUGGAUGGUUCGCGCGCCGGAAAUUCCCAAAGUGCGUGCUCUUCUUUUUGCCAGAUUGUGCGUCCGUGCUGCAGAGUAUGCAGAACAGGCUGCUGCUGGGCUUGGAAGCGUUGGGUCCGGAACUGGAUCUGGCCGGAAUGGCGGCGUAGAUGAGGAGGUCACUCGCUACGCUGCUGUUUUGGGUCGUGUGGCCCGAGCCCGUGCGUGCCGGUUCUUUGGCAUUGAUGCUGAGAUAGCGGGUAAAGCUGGCGAGGCCAUCGCGUGGCUGCAAGCUGCGCGGACAUCUCUUGGUCUGCGUGGUAGCGCUGGCUUGUCAUCUAACGGCUCUGAUGAAAGUAGCGGGACGUCGAAGAGUGGCUUUUCGCGCUUGAAACGAGAGUGGUCGGAUAGACGCGAGGAGCGGAAGAUUGGCAAAUAUGCCGGUGGGGGUCGCGAUAAUGGGAGUGCGUUAGAAGCAGGAGAUGAUGUGGGUCGUGACGAAGAGGGUCGGGUGCUAGAGAUGCUGGAGACGAAAUGGGUGCGAAUAAAUGAUACAAUUAACACCCAAAUUAUUCCCCCAUCUGCCCCGUUGCUCUCUAAUCUGCCCUCUGGUCGGGAUAUUCAUACUCCCCCUGCACCAUACACACCCCCUUCAUUAGACGAGGAGCAAUUAGUACGCAUGCGUGCGCCACCUGAUGAACGAGAUGAUCUGCAGUUUGUAAAUGAUCCUGAUGAUAGUGAUGAGGAAGAAGAGUCUCUCCAAGCACCGCCGGGAACAUUCCCAUCCCGGGCACAGACUGCUUCUAACGUCUACUACUAA